GUCGCAAGAUGGCCGACGUCGCAUGAAAGUAUGUUCCGCUCCUCAACAUGAAGUCGUGAGUGAGACAGAGAGUGAGGGAGCCAACGUCGGGGUUUUGUUUUUGUUUUAUUUUAGUUGUUUUACUUUGUUUUUCCCUUAAUUAUUCAUCUCAUUCCGAUUCGCGGCUUCCCCCGAUUUGUCUCGACUAGUUGACGCGUCAAUCACGCCGGGAUCUGGGCUAACUGGCUAAGUGUGCGAGCUAGUUUGUUAGCCACAAACUGUAGCUCUUAUAACUGUUAUCCAGUGAAACAUACUGUAUUCACUAUUAACUAGAGUUCGUUUUAAUUAGCCAGCGAGCAUGUUGGUUAGAAAUUGUAUAGUCAGUGUUUAAUUUGCACCUAGAUGGGUAGCAAAUAGGGUUAUAUAUUACGGUGUUCACAAAAUUGUCGACAUCAUAACUGUAGCGUGCGCGCUGUUGUCCUCCAUCGUUACACUGUAGACUGUGGUCAUGUUUUUUCCACCGUGCAACAUUGUAAUUAAUCUAAAUAUAUAGACGGUAUUUCGGAUUAUUGUACUGAUGUCCCACUGUAACACAGUAAGGAAUGGACACAUUGCAUUUACGCGACCAAAUGUAAAAAUUAGCCGCUUGCAUCUGUAAUUUUACAGGGGGUUGGUCGAUAGUUGCAAAUGUCGGAUAAUUUACCAGACUCAACACAGUGUAGACAUUUCAUGUGAUUAGUUAUUGAACUGUAACUGGCCAGAUAUAGUUCAGAGACUUUGUUUAAACAUAUAACCAAGAAAUCAGCUUUUAGACAGCUAUAGAACAUGGGAGUUCAAGGGUUUCAAGAGUAUUUGGAGAAACGCUGCCCCGGGGCGGCCGUUCCAGUAGACCUUCUCAAGCUUGCGCGAACAGUAGGCCGUCAGCCCCCACAUCAUCACCACCACCAUCAUCCCCAUCAUCCAAGCUCGCUGCCUCCGCCUCCCCCGCCAGCUCGCAUUCUCGUCGACGCAGACUCUGGCCUUCAGCGGCUCUACGGGGGCUACCAGACCGACUGGGUGUGUGGAGGCGAGUGGAACGCAAUGCUCGGCUAUCUGGCGGCGCUGUCCCAGGCCUGUUUGUAUCAGGGCGGACUGGAGUUGGUGGUUGUUUUUAACGGCACGCUUGGGAAGGAUCGGUGGCCGGAGUGGGCGCGCCGGGCACAGGGGCAGCGGCAGACAGCACAGCUCAUCGUCAACCACGUCGGCAGCAAGGCUACGCCCCCUCCGCGAGCCUGGUUCCUGCCUCCGGCCUGCCUGAGCCACUGUGUCCGCCUCGCCAUGUUCCGAUUCCGCGUGCGGGUGGUGCAGACCCUUGAGGACCAUCAUCAGGAGGUUUUAUCCCUUUACAGAGACUAUGGUUUUCAGGGACUGAUCGCGCAGGACUCAGAGUUUGCACUAUGCAAUGUCCCAGCCUAUUUCAGCUCCCAUGCUCUCAAGCUCUCCUGGAAUGGCAAGAAUCUGACCACUCACCAGUACCUGCUCUCAGAGGCUGCUCGCCAGCUCGGCCUGAAGACCCAGCACCUGCCCAUCUUUGCUGCUCUUCUUGGUAACCACAUUCUUCCAGAUGAAGACUUGGCUGCCUUUCAUUGGAGUCUGUUAGGCCCAGAACACCCUCUUGCUUCACUCAAGGUAAGGGCUCAUCAGUUAGUCCUCCCUCCCUGUGAGGUUGUUAUUAAGGCUGUAUCAGAGUACGUGGCAUCCAUCAAAGAUCUUGGGAAUUUGGAUUCGGUGGCCAAGGAUGUUUUCAAGCAGUCACAGUCUCGAACUGAAGAUAAAUUUGAGAGGUUUAAGAAGGCAGUGGAAUAUUUUUCAGUGGCCAGUAAACCAAGACCUCUCUCCAUGGGACCUUCUCCUUACCUCUUUCCAGGCUUUGGGCCUGGUCAGUUUAGCGGACCUCCAGGCCACAUGGGGGCAAUGCAGCCUGGUAAAGCUCAGUUUGGUCCACCCCAGGUGUCAGGUGUUAAGGUGCCUUAUCCAGGUGGGCUCUAUGUACCCAGCCCUGCCACUGGUCCUGCACUUUUAUGCCAGAACCCCACUCAGCCUCUGCAGGACUGUAAUGAUUCACUAGUUGGGAAAAUGGGCUUUGCUGAUUGGUCUGCUCCAUAUGAUUCCUCUCAAGGUGGCAGCCGACAGCCCAAUCAUCACACAGCUGCUCCCACAGGCCCUUCUCCCUCAUCAUCAUCAUCUUCAGAUGGGGAGGAGCAAAAUGACACCAGCACUAACCAUUUGGCUGAAAAGUCUUCAAGAUGGGAAGAUCCCACUGGACGGGGUGGUGGUGCCUCUGGGGACGGCCACCAUGGUAAUGGAAGUGGGCCAGCCAUCCCAUCUCUGCUCUCCAUGCCAACACGUAGUCACAUGGACAUCACAACUCCACCCCUUCCACAGGUCAGUGCUGAGGUGCUGAGAGUGGCAGAGCACAGACACAGAAGAGGACUCAUGUACCCGCAGAUGUACCACAUCCUUACCAAGGGGGAGAUGAAGAUGCCAGUGUGUAUAGAGGAUGAGUGCAACCCCGACCUGCCUCCUGCCUCUCUACUUUUCCGUUCUGCCCGCCAAUAUGCCUACGGGGUGCUAUUCAGUUUGGCUGAGACCCAGCGAAGACUGGAGAGAUUGGCCAUGCGCAAGCGCAGUCCUGUUGACGUGCCUCCGGUGAUUGUAAAGGAGUGGUGUGCCAGUAAAGCUAAAUCUGCCCUGACCCCAGAGCUCGUUCCAGCCUUGUGUUUUCGUGAGUGGACGUGUCCCAACCUGAGGCGGUUGUGGCUGGGCAGAGCUUCCGAGGACCGUAGCCGCCGCACUCGAGCCUUCCUGGCCUGUAUGCGCUCUGACUGCCCUGCCCUGCUCAACCCGGCCUGUGUGCCAUCUCACCUGCUGCUCAUGUGCUGCGUGCUCAGGUAUAUGAUGCAGUGGCCAGGAGGCCGCAUUCUUCAGCGCCAUGAGCUCGAUGCCUUUUUGGCUCAAGCUGUGUCCAACCAGCUCUAUGAGCCUGACCAACUGCAGGAACUCAAGGUGGAGAAAGUAGAUAACCGUGGGGUGCAGCUGGCUUCUCUCUUCAUGAGUGGAGUGGACACCGCCCUGUUUGUGAAUGAUGUAUGUGGACAGCCCCUGCCAUGGGACCACUGCUGCCCUUGGGGCUUUUUUGAUGGGAAGUUGUUCCAGAGCAAACUAGCUAAAGCCACCAGAGACAGAGCCUCCUUACUUGACAUGUGUGAAGGCCAGGAGGAGCUGGUUUCAAGGGUGGAGAAGAUGCGCCAGGCUAUUCUUGAAGGCAUCAACCUCUCACGACCUCCUCCCCCACCUCCACCACUGCCACCCCCUGCAUUCCUUCCCCCUGCCAUGGUGCCCCCUUUCUACCCCAUGCACCCUCUGUACCCUCCCCGCCCGCUGGGCUCCAUGCCGCCUCAUCCUCACCACCAGCACCGGCCCAGGGCCUUCCCAGGAAUCCAGUCUAUACCUCCCCAGGGUGGCAAGCUGGAAAUUGCUGGCAUGGUUGUUGGUCAGUGGGCUGGGAACAAACCAGUCCGAGGCAGAGGGGGGUUCAAUAUGCAGGUGGUGUCAGUAGGAGGGAAAGGAAGGGGUAAAGAAGUGAUAUCGAAAGGAAGGGGUGUUAAGAAAGUGACCACAAAUAGAACACAGACUUUGUCCUCAUCGCCUCCCUCCACCAGCCCCCCAAAGCUCACUGAGGAUCCUAAAGUAGUGGGGCGGCCCACUGGACCCACGGAGGGAACAGUGACUGUGUCGCAGCAGCUAAAUGGCAGCUCUUCAGGAAGCGCCACUGGUCAAGCCCUUGACCUGCCACCACUGGCCCAGCCAAUCCAGUGUGCCUUAGCCAGCAGAGACAACCAGUCAGGAGAUGGGGUGGAGGUAGAGGCCACUUGUUGCCUUGAUGACUCCCCAUCAGAUAGUGCACUACAGAAAGAGGAGUAAUUACAUCCCAAAAUGUAAUAAGAAUGAGAGAGUGAGAGGGAAUGAUCUAAGGUCGACUGCCUUUUCCUUGCAAAAUUGAAUAUUUAGGGCACAGUAGCCACUUUGUGUUGUCAUGAUAUAAUUUAUGAUGCUACACAUGCUGGAAACGACAGAUGGACAGUGACAGGAAUGUGGUCUAUAUGUCACCUUAAGAGCCAGUUCUGGUUUAAAACUGAGCGAGUUUAAAUCGAUUGCACAGCGCCUUGAAUCUUUGGAUUCUGGACCUCAUCCUUUCCACUGACCCAUCAGUGUUGUAGCAUUGUGAAAAGCUCUUGAGUUUGUUUUUUGUUUUUUUUUCCAGACCUGUAAUGUGUCAAUGGUAACCUUAUAUGUAUGAUUGCCUAAAAUGGCUACAAAAGGCCCUUAUUGCCCAAAGCUUGCUUCAAAAUUUACCUGUUUAAAACACUGUUGCACCGUGUUAAGCAGCACAGCAACAUCUUACUCUAAAGUUUCCACCACGCAGCAUAAAAUUGAUUUUGCUGUAUAUGCAGUGCACCAUAGUGGAGGAUUCACAGACAACACUGCCCUGAAUACAGUAGAAGAGUGGAAACUGAUGGAAAACGCAGGUUGUAUUUGUAUGUCACAAUGUACAUUCAAACACACAUGGUAGUCCCUUCUUUGGCCAUUAUUGUAGGGUGAAGUGCAUGUGAAGAAGUUGCCAUUGUCUUCAGCACAGUCUCAGAGAUAGUGUAUGAGUGAGGAUGAGCCAGAGGAAUUAAGAGACAAAGAGAGUCGUUCAGAGUGCACUCACCAUUGCAUAGCUUGCUCAACUCUGUUGCUUUAUCUCACACGUAGACUUGUGACAAUCUUGUCAGCUUCUUUUGAGCCCACUCCCCCUUUAGGAUUAGCCAAUAGCAGAACAACUCAGUCCUACAGCUACUGAAAGAGUUAUACAUUUAUUUUUAAAGCACCUUAUGUCCCAUGUUAAAUAGAUAUGCAAGCCCCUCCCCUCUGCAGAGGAAGAAAUGCCCUUGAAAUGUAUUGUAUUCUAACAUAAAGCACUUAAAAUUAUAUUUAUGAUAAGGAGAAAAUAGUACUGUGCUAUAUAGAUACCAUAAUUUGGUUAAUUGGAUAAUUUUUUACUAAUGAGCCAGUUGGUACCCCAGCAGAUCUUCAUUCCUAGACAGUUUAACUGUCUGUAUAAGCUUUUACCUUGUGUGUUGUUUACCAGUUUGACGUACAAAUUAGCAUCAACCCAUCUGAAUGUGAGAACGGAGUGCGUAGUAAUCUGCGCUUUGUUUUAAAUCUAAUGAGAAAACACUGGGUUUGUCCUCGAACCAGGAUAAAGAAGAAUCGAGGCCUCUGCCAGAGUUAGGGAGAAUAUAAAACAGUGUGUUCAGAUGGAACUGUGACACUGUUUGACAUCCCAAAUACUUGUAUAUAAACCCAAAUGUUCAUGAUCCUGUGAUAGAGGGGAGUGAUUUUAUCAGUGGUCGAGAAUGCACACAGUCCCUCAGACAGACCUAAAGACCUGCCAUUUGGCACCUCUCAGCUUCACAAUGAUUUUGAAUGUUUUAUUUUAAGUUUGGUUUUAUUUUUAGCAGUUUAGCUUUUCUCACCCUGCCGUCAUUCACAUCUCCUCUGUGCCUUGUGCACGUGUACCAUGUGGAUGUUAUUUUGUGCAUGUGCAUUCUCCCACCAUAGCUAAAAUCAUUGACAUUUUGUAAAAACUCAAAAUAAUUGGAAUUAUUGAACGAAACUUAGGAUCACCUUCUAUUGUGACAAAAAAAUUGGAGUCUGCUUCUCCAGACCGUUUGUGACAAUAAUCUGUCUUGUCUUGUUUUUGUGACAGUUCUAUGAACUCCUGCACUUCUAUUGAGGCAAAUGGGCUUCAAAAAAUCUUAACAAAAUGAAACACCCUAUAGAGUAAAGCCCCAGUUGCCAUUAUAUGUUUCACAUCAAAUGGCUAGGAAAUAAUUUUACUUGUUAAUGUUUUAAAUCCAUUUAUUAAAAACAUUAAAUUACAUGUUUUGCAUCAAUGAUGCAUUGGACGUAAUUAAUGAAAAUUUAAAUGUAAGAAUAACUAAUACACUUAAGAGAGCCUAUUACAUUUAAUGGUCAUAGUUUAAGAUCUGUACAAUUGACAAUGCCAAGAUUACAUCACAGCUUUCUAUGAAGUCAAAAGAUGCACCUUAUUUUGUUAAGAUAUGAAAUUGAUAAAUUAUAUUUAGGGCCACUAAAAGUAUAUAAAAUAAGACUAUGGAAGACACCUAUUAUAGUCUAUGUAUUUUCUGCAAAUUGUCACUCUUGAGGAACCCAGACAUUUAUAUGUCAACACACUAACAAAUGGCAUUCAAAGGCCUUCAGAAAUCUUACUGACCUGAAGCAUGCAUUUUGAAUGUGUUUACUACUGAUAAGUAGUGACACAAAAUGAAUUGAAAAUUCAUGAUAUUUCCCAAAGAACAGUGAAAUAUCAGAAUAUGUGAUGAUACUGGACACAGGACAGACUUUAACAAAGAAUAAAUAAUCUUGACAGUACCAUGACAGGUAGUAUUCUUAAACUAAUAAGGUACACUGUCAUGCACACUAGAGUGUUUUAAACCUCAACCUUAGGUUGUCACAUUUUAUUACGAGUUAAGUACAGUAGUGCUAGUUUUCUCCAGCAUGUUAUAGUGCAUAUGAACAUGCAUACAGAGACAUACCCAUGUACACACAACACUGAAAUUUCAGUUGCCGCCGAAUGACUAUAGAUCCUUUGAAAAACAUUUAAUCCUGUUUCCAUCUGUGAUAAAAGCAGUUUAAGUUAGUUUUUUUUUCUUCCAGUGUGUUUGUUGUCAUAGAGUACCAGUAACUUGUUCACAUUUAGUUUUAAGUGUAAUCUAAGAAAGGAAAAGCAUAAACUGAAAUAUAGAGACACCAAAUAAAGAUAAUCUCUCACACUCAGAAUAUCUUUGUUAUACCUAUAGAGAGAUGUCAGUUUGUAUGAGGGAGAAAAUAAUUAUUAAAACAUUUGCAUAUUCAAAUUA